UUAUCUUAUAACAUUUUAAGUUUAAAUGUGAGACAUAACAUAUACUUGAAUUGUAAUGACAUACAGGUAACACGUCUUAAGUGCGGUGGUUUCAUUUUUGCUCUUCGUCUAAACCACACAAUGAGCGACGCAGCAGGUUUGGUUCAAUUUAUGAAUGCCUUAGGAGAAAUAUCUCGUGGCAUGAACGAACCUUCAAUUCCACCAGUGUGGUAUAGAGAGCUUUUGAAUGCAAGGGACCCACCAAGAGUGACGUGUACUCAUCGCGAAUACGAACAAAUACCCGACACUAAAGGAACCAUCAUCCCCUUAGAUGACAUGGACCAUCGCUCUUUCUUCUUCGGUCCCACCGAGGUAGCGGCAAUUCGCGCUCUCCUUCCACCUCACCAACAACAACAUCGACCCUCCAAUUUCGAGAUCCUCACGGCAUGUCUCUGGCGUUGUCGAACAAUAGCGUUGCAACCGGACACAGAAGAGGAAGUUCGCAUAAUCUGCGUCGUCAACGCGCGUGCCAAGUUUAAUCCUCCGUUACCUAACGGUUAUUACGGUAACGCUAUUGCGCUUCCCGUUGCAGUUACAACUGCUGGGAAACUAAUUGAAAAUCCGUUGGAGUAUGCAUUGGAGUUAGUUAGGAAAGCAAAAGCUGAUGUCACUGAAGAAUAUAUGCAUUCAAUUGCAGACUUAUUGGUUACACACGGUCGACUACAUUUUACUGUGGUGAGAUCGUAUCUUGUGUCGGAUGUGACACGUGCUGGUUUUGGAGAUGUGGAUUAUGGUUGGGGGAAAGCUGUUUAUGGUGGGCCAGCUAAAGCAGGAGUUGGUGCUAUUCCUGGUGUUUGUAGCUUUUACAUACCUUUUAAAAAUGAUAAAGGAGAGGAAGGUUUGGUUAUGCCGGUUUGUUUGCCAACUCAAGCAAUGGAGAGGUUUGUUAAAGAGUUGGAUCAUGUGCUCAACAACAACAACAACAUUAACCAAACUAUUAAGGGUGGUAAAAAAUCUGGUUUUAUUAUUUCUUCAAUGUUGUAGACUUAAAGAAAACAUCCCAAACAAAUAAAGAAAUCCCCAUAAUCUUUGUUGCCCUUCAAACCAUCAUAGACAAGCAAGCUAUUCAGGACAAAGAGCAAGCUAUUUAGCGGGACUGGAUGGCUACUCAGCUUGCUCCUAAGCUCGAACUUGAGUCUCCAUUGCCUAAUCCUUCUCCAAUUUUUCUUGACAUACCUCAGUCGUCACGGUCUCCGUCAUAUGAUGGGUCUUCACCUUCAUUGUCUUUCUGGUUUAACUUUAGAUUAACUCUCUUAUUUCUUUUUUCCGGAGAAGUUAUUUA